CUACAAAUCACUUCUGCAAAUCAGGUAAUGUAAGUACUUACUUCCGAAUAAUUUUACCACGUAUCUUAUUAUUAUAUUUUUAUUUCGGUGUAUUACGAGAUUGUUUAAUGCCGAUUGUCGACCCGCGUCUUUAUGGACACUCCAAUAUUGAAUCGACGAAAGCCGACAGAUAACUCGCGAAUAUUCAAGCUGACUCUGUUCGCGCUAAUAAUUCAAAUAGGGAAAGGAAAAAUAUCGCAUGUUAAUAUUUACUCAAUAGGAUCGAUAAAUUAAACAUGGAUGUAAUUUUAAAGUGUAAUGUUAUUCGCACAAGGAGUGCGUUGUCCUAGCGUGACCGUCCGGUCCGGCGGGUCCGGUGCCGGCGCCGGACGGCGCGGACUGUGGGCGGGCGGUGGGCGGUGCAGGCUGCACGCCCCGGCCCGGCCCCGCACCCCCGCGCGCCCCACGCUGUUUAUUCUCAGCCCGACUGGCGGGGCGACAGUCGCCCGUGGCCCGCCGACACCGCCGCACGCGCGCCCGCGACGCACGCUCCGACAGAGUGCAUUCGAUACCGGACAUUACAAAAAAAACCGUCAAACAAAACAAAACAGGAUCGCUAUUUAAGAAAACUGAAGCUUUAAAAUUAGAAUUUUGAAAUUGGAACGCGCACACGGAGCACGGAAGCGUAUUGAGAAGACUCAUAGAAAAGAAGUGGUCAGAUUUGUUUGGGGCCAGGGGGUAACGAAGGUGUGAAAGUGGCGGCGUUGUUGACGCGCGCGGAAUGCGCGGGAGUGGAGUUUAGCGCGCGAGCCCGCCCCGACUCCGCCGUGCCGCCCUCCGAACUGCCGGCCAUGGCGACCGAGACUGUGUUCUCACCAGGCGGCGCCGCGGCCGGCGCGGGCGCAGCAGGCGCGGGCGGCGAGCAGCAGUACUCGCUGCGCUGGAACGACUUCCACUCCGCCAUGGUGUCCUCCUUCCGCCGGCUCCGGGACGAAGAGGACUUCGUCGACGUCACGCUCGCCUGCGCCGGCGCCACCUUUACUGCCCAUAAGGUCGUGUUAUCAGCGUGCAGCCCAUACUUCAGGAAACUGUUGAAGGCGAAUCCCUGCCAGCAUCCCAUCGUCAUACUCAGGGAUGUCCACGACAAGGACAUGGAGAGCUUACUCAGGUUUAUGUACCAAGGUGAGGUCCACAUAGGGCAGGAGCAGCUGAAGGAGUUCCUGCGAGCGGCGCAGCUACUGCAGGUGCGGGGUCUAACCGACGUCCCACCGACCGCGCCAGUACCCACGCUCGACCAGAAGGCCUCACCACAAUCGGCGUCGUCAUGGACGGAGACGGGGUCGGGCGGGUCGCGGGAGGGCCGCGAGCGGGAGGCGCGCGAGGGCCGGCGCGCGCGCAGGCCCGAGGAAGGCGCGGCCGGCACGCCGCCGCCCAAGCGGGCGCGCUCCUCCGACCUCUACCAGGCGCAGAUGAAGACUAGAUGUAGGACGGAGCAGCUCCUAGCGCAGGGCAGCCCGGAGCGCAACGGGCACGAGCUGCUCUUCGGGCAAGGGCUGGAACAGAACGCGCACCUCUCGGCUAUGUCUAACAACUUGUCUGGCGACGGCGAGGAGUCAUCAUCAGACGCCGGAGCCAGCGACACGGAGGGCGAGCCCCGCGCCAAACAGGAGCCGUUGGACUACGACGACCCCGCACACGUGGCCAAUACCAAUGGAGCACUCCCCCACAGUUUUCCUGGACUGCUGAACCUGCAAGGAUUCCCUGGACUUCCUGGACCGUCAGGGAUACCAGAUAACUUCGGAGCGACCUGGCCGGGCGGCGGCGAGGCCAAGGAGCAGUUCCCGUACAACGGCACGGGGGCGGCCCUGGCGGGCGGGGCGCUGGGCUACCGGCCGCAGUGUCCGCUGUGCGGCCGCGUGUACUCCUCCACCUCCAAUCUGCGCCAGCAUAUGCUCAAUGUGCACUCGCAGACGGACCGCGACCAGUGGUUCCCGUGCCAGCACUGCGGCAAGAAGUGCAAAACGAAGCACUACCUCAUCAACCACCAGCUGCAAGCGCACGGGAUCCGCCAGCGACAAAACUCUUAGAGGCGGCGAGUCGGCGCGGAGCCCCCGCCCGCGCCGCCGGUGGCGCCGCCGGCUCCUGUCCCCGGGCCGGCGCUGCCGUACGCGCCGCGCCCGCCGCCCGCCUGGUGGUGACGGCCCGGCCGGCCGGGCUGGAGCGCGCUCGUCGCCGACGACUAGCCCGCGAUAGUUGUACCCGCCGGGUUGCCACGUCUGACUAACUGUUGGCAUUGCAGAUGCCGCGGCCGUGGCAAGCCCGGCGGAGGGGGGGUGCCCGCUGUGCGCGCACAGGCUGGGCUCGCCGGCGGCGGCGCGGGCGCACCUGGCGGCGCACUACCCGCGCGACUCGCCCUACUGCCCGGUGGCGAGCUGCGCGCGCCUGUUCGCGCACCCCAACAGCGUGCGCAACCACAUGCGGCUCAAGCACCGGCCACAGUGGGAGCGCAUGAAGACGCUGCGCUGGAGCUGCGGCUGGGCCUAGCGACGUACGGCUGUGAACGAACCAAGUGCGACUUAUUCCCCGGAUCGAUCUCGAAGCAUUUCUCUCCCCGCGCGGAGACUAGGAUAUAUCGACUGAAAAUUAUUUUUGUAGUAGAUUAGACUGAUAUUGUUUACGUAAGGUAUAUUAAGCGCGUAAAUAAGAAAUGUGAUGUUUGGUGCCAUUGAUAGAUAACCGAGUGCUAGGAGUGACGAUCGUUCCCUGGACUUCCUGACGCCUGUACUCUUCCAUUGUUGCUUCGACACUUCUCCUGCCGACGUUUCGUGUCCUCUACACAGUGAUCCUUUCGUUUCGGUGUCGUCAUAAAUUACCUACUGUAAAAAAGAGACAUGCUAAUAUUGUUCAACUUUCAAAAACACCGUUUGAUUUUAUUUCCAGAAAACGCUAAAUUCCAUGUUUAUCGAUAUUUUGUUUUAUUAUUUUUAAGGGAUAGCAAACAACUAGCUAUACAAAUACAUUUUAUAAAUGGUGUUACAUUAUAAGUAUUGUUUUUAUUAACGUGUAAAGUAAUCCAAUGGAAUUUUUGUUCAAGUUGAACAAUAUUUGCAUUUAUAUUUUCAUAGGAAGCAGUUUUAUAAGAAUGUGUUCAUCAUAAUAUACUAACUUAUUUUAACCGACGCAGUGGUUUUUCUAACAAAAGAUAUGAUAGGUACUCAAUAAUGCCAAUCUCUCAAUUAGUGAAGUUGUAUUGAGAAAUAAUCGCCUCUUAACUAAGAUGCUAAUUGGUGACCCAACAAAGCAUUAAUGGCCGAUGAGGUCACGCUUCUUAACUACUUACCUAUCUUAUACUCGUUGAAUCACAAGUUUUGGACGAACCAUCGCGUCGGUAACACGAUGAAAAAUUAAAACUUGUCUCGCGGAUUGCGUGCGUACUUAUGUAUAUUUUCGACCAUAGUUAAGACAAUACGAAAUAGAAUUAAUAAUCAAAUGCCUUUUAGCGCAAUAGGUACCUAAGAUACGUUCAACCAGCAUAGGGUUUAUUUUUAAACGUUGCAGUACGUGGCGAGCACAAUCAAAACAUAUCUAGUCAAUGUAGAACGUACGGAUGAUUUAUUUAAUAUAGGUAACCAUUUUCCAUUCGCAUAUAUUUUCGUAUUAAAGAAUGAGGAAGGUUACGCGUAAAUUUUAUAGAAUUUAUUCUUUUAAUAACGUUUUAGCAGAGAAAGUGUGCUUAGACUGGACAAGUACUCAUACGAUGGAUUUGUCAUUCCUUAUGUAGCUUCUAAUUCCGUAAAUACCAUAGCUAUAAGCCAGACGUUGAAAUAGUGUCGUAGUCUUCCAAAACAGUUUACUUUUGUAUUCGCAUUGUUUUCAUAUAGACGGCCUAGCAUAAAGUCCAGUCUGAAACUCAGUAUGUAAUGUAUAUAAAAAUAGUAAUACAAUAAUGGUUGCCUUCAAAAUAUAUGCGAUAGGAACCCUUGUCGGAUAGAUCUCGAAAAUGAAUAUUGGUAACUUAGCGUGUAGUUGAAAUUGUUCCUGACCGCCUGAGAGGCAACGUCUAUAUCUCUAUGAUUAUACAUAACUAUUUUUAAGCGUACAACAUUGUAAAUUAGUCAACCCAAUAACCAAAUGUUCAAUGUGAGUAAACGAUUCUAGUUGCGAUUGUAUUAGUGAUACGAUAUAUACGUAAUAAUUUAAUUUUUACCCGAAAAAAGUGUCUGCUUAUAUAAUUAUACAUACAAUAAAACUACAAAGUAGA